UAGACAGUCCUUGGCAUAAAUCUGACUUCCAUUACCGAAAGAGCUAUCUUCGGAGACAAUUCAUUGGAUAUUAAUUUACACGAGCGCACCCCAGCACCAAUUGGUGGAUAGUUUACCACGGAGCGUCCUGUGAAUGAGCGAGCGUCGCGUAAAACAGCUGAUGGCGUGUCAAAUUCGAGAUGCUUUCAAACUUUUCUCUUGAUGGGAAUAAUUUGGUUUUCAAAAUAACAGAUAUCAUAUUUUGACAUCUUCGCGAGAAUGUUCAUAUGUGUCUUUGGUAUAUAGAACCCUUCGAAUUUUUGAAGACAGUUGAUUUGACAUUGUGAUGCUAUCGAGAAUUUGAUUGUAUUUCAUGAUCUAAACCGUUCGAAGAGGGAAGAUAUAUUUUAUAAGGAAUAAUUCCUGAUUGCAAUUUAAUUUGACAUUAUUCUAUGCAUCAUGAGGAUAAUUGGAUCGUACCUUUUUAUUUUUGCAGUGACGAUCGCUACCAUUUCCAGUUUCAAUGCAGAGGAGAUCGUUAUCAUCAACUCCACACCGCUGGUGACGGGGGCCGUUACUCGCUUGGAGUGCCUGGAUGCAAGCGGGCAGCUUAGCGGGGGCCAGUUGACCCUUCAGAAGGUGCUUCCAGCGGAUGAAGGAUUACCCCUACCCCCUUCUACUUCCCAGAUAGAUCCUAGCCGACUUGAGACAUGGUGGAACUCUAGCUGGGCUGAGAGUCGUUAUGGAGUUUAUUCCUGUCAUGGUCUCAACAAGGCUGACAAAGUCAUGACCAUGAAGAUAAACCGAGAUGCUCAAAUCAAACCAGAACACUUCACCGUUACAGCUAGCCCCGGUGAUAAUGUCACCAUCACCAUGCAGAUAUUGAUCAGGACUCGAACCCCUGAUUACCUCCUCUGGGCCCAUAACGACCAACCCCUCCCCUACAAUGCGACCCGGUUUGGCUUCAACGAUAGAUACAACAUACCAGCAGUGGUAGAGGGGGAUGGUGGCAUCUACCAGGCUUACCCCCCAGAUGACCACACCCAAGGCGGUUAUAUGAGACUCAUUAUUAGGGGUUGCCCUGCUGAUCGCUGGGGUGCAGGAUGUACCAACGAAUGCCCAACAUGUAUUAACGGAGGGGUAUGCGAUGACGUCACUGGGGUGUGUGUUUGCCCCCCUGGUUUCCGAGGAGACACCUGUGAAAUAGGUUGCGGCCCGAAUCUAUUUGGACCGAGCUGCGAGUUUGAGUGCACUGCUAACUCAUGUCGAUUCAUGCAAUUCUGUCUCCCGGACCCUUACGGGUGCUCAUGUGCUACCGGCUACACUGGUCUCGCUUGCGAUGAAGAUAUAAAAAUUGCAAGAUUGCAUCCAAAAGGUGCCGCCAGUGUUGGAUUUGGGCACAAAACUUAA